AUGCGAGGAGGCGGUCAGGACAGCCUGGCAGGACUCGUGCUAUAUGUAGGACUCUUCGGGCACCCCGGGAUGCUGCACAGGGCCAAGUACAGCCGCUUUCGGAAUGAGUCCAUCACGUCCUUGGACGAAGGCAGCCCGGGAGGCUCGACCGGGAGCAAGGGCUCGCCGCAGCCUCCUUACCCCGCCCUGGCAUCUCACCUGCCCGCUGAAGAUGCUGCCUUGGCGUCCCAGGAGAGCCCCACCCCAUUGUGCACCUUGAUCCCUCGCUUGGCCAGCGUAAAGCUGGCCAACCCAGCCACCUUGCUGAGUCUGAAAAACUUUUGUUUGGGUACCAAAGAGGUACCUCGACUCAAGCUCCAGGAAAGCCAGGACCCGGCUCCCAGCAGCCCGGCUGCCCCUGAAACCAGUCUCAAUAGGGCCGUGCCAGCACCUCCACCUCAGCGGGACCCCCUGGGGCACAGGGCGACCUCUUUAACUCCUGACGCCUGCCCACUUCCCGGCCCUGGGGAACCAACCCCCCGGAACAGACAGGACAGACACUUUCUGCAGCACCUGUUGGGGCUGGGCAUGAACUACUAUGUGAGGUACAUGGGCUGUAUUGAAGUGCUGCAAUCAAUGAGGUCACUGGAUUUUGGAAUGAGAACCCAAGUUACAAGGGAAGCAAUAAGUCGCCUGUGUGAAGCUGUCCCUGGGGCAAAUGGAGCCAUUAAAAAGCGAAAGCCUCCAGCUAAGUUCCUAUCAACAGUUCUUGGCAAAAGUAAUCUUCAGUUUUCGGGAAUGAAUAUAAAACUGACCAUUUCAACAUGCAGUCUCACACUGAUGAAUCUUGACAACCAACAGAUUAUUGCAAAUCAUCAUAUGCAGUCUAUUUCUUUUGCUUCUGGAGGAGAUCCGGAUACUACAGACUAUGUUGCCUACGUAGCUAAAGAUCCAGUUAAUCAACGAGCCUGCCACAUACUGGAAUGCCGCAAUGGAAUGGCCCAAGACGUCAUAAGUACCAUAGGACAGGCUUUUGAACUCCGGUUUAAACAGUAUUUGAAAAAUCCUUCUUUGAAUCCUUCUUGUGAAAGUGAGGAGGUGCCUGUUGAUGGCCAUGCUGAGGAGAGAGAAGAUCAUGAGUAUUAUAAUGAAAUCCCAGGGAAGCAGCCGCCUGAAGGUGGUGUUUCAGAUGUGCGGAUCAAAGUUCAAGCCACAGAACAAAUGGCUUACUGCCCCAUACGGUGUGAAAAGCUGUGCUAUUUGCCUGGAAACUCCAAGCGCAGCAGCAUGUAUGAGAACUGUCUGGAACAAAGCAGGACCAUAGGUAGUGCACACGAGAGAGGGGUGCAGUCCCAGCGAGAGGUGUCACUGAUGAAGCACUCGUGUCGGGUGGAUCUUUUCGAUGACCCCGGCUACAUCAAUACACAGGUUCUUCGAAGCACGCUUGGCUCUGCUGGAAAUCAAAGCUCACCUCACCCACUGGGAAGCCCAUGGCACCAGGAGAAGGCACCAGAAACUGUUCAGCCAGGUGCCACGGCCCAGCCUGCCAGCUCACAUUCUUUGCCACACAUUAAGCAGCAGCUGCGGAAUGAAGACUGCUACCACGGCAAGCUGAGCAGGAAAGCGGCAGAGAGCCUUUUGGUGAAGGACGGGGACUUUUUAGUUCGAGAGAGUGCAACGUCUCCUGGCCAGUAUGUGCUGAGUGGGCUACAGGGAGGCCAGGCAAAACAUCUUCUCCUGGUGGAUCCUGAAGGCAAGGUGAGGACCAAGGAUCAUGUAUUUGAUAAUGUUGGCCACCUUAUCAGAUAUCACAUGGAUAAUAGUUUGCCAAUCAUCUCUUCUGGAAGUGAAGUAAGCCUUAAACAACCAGUGAGAAAAGAUAAUAAUCCAGGACUUUUGCAUUCCAACAAAUGA